AUGGCAAACCCUAAACAACAAAGAAAACAAAGAGCUUUGGGUUCAUCUUUAGAGAUGGCCCAAUACCUAGGCGCAGGUACAAACAAGAUUAAGAAGAGAAUCAGAGAUAUCGAAAGACUCCUUGUGAAAAAGAAGGACACCUUACCUGAUACUGUCAUACUUGAAAAGGAAAGAACUCUAGAGGCUUUGAAACUGGAAUUGAAUAGUGCCGAAUUAAACCAAAAGGCUAAGAAAUUCUCUACGAAAUACCAUAUGGUUAGAUUUUUUGAGAGAAAAAAGGCCCUUAAGAAAUACAAUCAAUGCUUAAGAAAGAUUGAAUUGAUCCAGGAUGAUGAAAGAGAGGCUUACAAUAAAAGAUUACUAGGUAGAAAAAUCGAUGUCUGCUAUGUAGUUAACUUCCCAAAGACGCAGAAAUAUAUAUCGUUAUACCCUUCGAUGGAUACACCAGAAUCUGAGGAUUCUAAAUCUUACAAAAAAAGAAAAGAAAUCCGUGAUCUUAUUAGUAAACAACUGGAAGAAGGUAAGUUACCAGUCUCUUUUGAAGACAUAUUAAAGGGUAAGACCCUUGAUAAGAAUACUCAUGGUGUUGAUGUGGGUGGUAAUGACGGUCAACAAACCACAGAUAAUAAUGAAAAGAACAGCAAAUCAAGAAAGGAAGCAAAAGCACAAGAAAAAGAGGAAGAAGAAGAGGAAGAAGACGAUUUCUUCGAAUAA